GGUGCCCAGCCCUGGCGCGGGCCGCUGCUUGUUGCUGUGGGAUCGCAGCGCUCCGCACCGCGCGCGCCAGGCAGCUGCAUCUGGAACCACCCCUCUGGGCUGGCUGAUCAAGGAGGAAAAAGCAGCAAUGUCUGCUGUGGGGGCUGCAGCCCCAUACCUGCAUCAUCCUGGUGAUGGUCUCAGUGGGCGUGUGAGUUUCUUGGGGGCCCAGCUCCCUCCAGAGGUGGCAGCAAUGGCCCAGCACCUGGGGGAGCUCGACAGGGGCACAUUCAGGAAGUUGCUGAAGCUGGUGGUCAGCAGCCUGCAAGGGGAGGACUGUCGGGAGGCCAUGCAACAUCUCGGGGCCAGUGUGGAUGUGCCGGAGGAGCAUCUGGGCACCAUGGUGGCAGGUGUGCAUACGCUGCUCUGGCAGGCCCUCCGGCUGCCUCCGGCCAGCCUGAAGCCCAAUGCCUUCAAGGACCAGCUGCAGGAGCUCAGCAUCCCCCAAGACCUAGUUGGGGACUUGGCUAGCGUGGUGUUUGGGAGCCAGCGGCCCCUCCUUGACUCCGUGGCCAGGCAGCAGGGGGUCUGGCUGCCACAUGUUGCCAGCUUCAGGUGGAGGGUAGAUGUGGCAAUUUCCACCAGCACCCUGACCCGUGCUCUGCAGCCGAGCGUCCUGAUGCAGCUGAAGCUUUCCAAUGGGUCGGCGCAUCGCUUCGAAGUCCCCAUGGCCAAGUUCCAGGAGCUGAGGUACAGCGUGGCCCUGAUCCUGAAGGAGAUGGCGGAUCUGGAGAAGAGGUGUGACCUCAGACUCCAGGACUGAUCAGUGGGCUGCCUGUUUGGUCAGUUGGGGCAGGCUCCCUCGGACAGACUCCCCAGGGCACCAAUGUGCAGUCUGCUCUGCCCGAGAGGCAGACUUUCAGCGAUAUGUUGGAUGUCGUUAUUAAUUUUCUUUCUUCUUUUUUUAUUUCCUUAAUUCUUUGGGCCAAAGCAACUUUAACAUGUUCUCCUCAGUGGGUGUUCCACAGACACCCCUCCCAGCUGUGGGCCUCCUGAUGUUUGGUGCUGGGUGAGGGCACCCCACUGUCCCAGGUCAUGUAAUAUGGGGUCCGCUCAGCCUGGCCCACUUGGCAUCCAUGUCGUUCCACUCAUUUACUUUGGCAAAUUCUAUAUUUCAGCAUGGACAUUUUCACUCUUCUGUCUUAAACCCCUGCCCUCGGAGGGCUGACAUUCCAAUGGGGCAGUGGGGAGGGCAGACACCAUGAAAUAAAUUUCAUAAAAAAGUCAA